AUGACACCUCGCAUGUCGAGGCAGGUUCCCUAUGGAAUUCCACUACGACAACUACAAGCCCAUCGACUUCAGAGUGGAAUAACACCCCCACAGAGAUUGCAACAGACACAGGCGUAUCAUUCGCCACGGAGACAAAAUCUUCGUGAUGAAAAGCGUAAAUACCAAUCGUCAGGGUGGUAUGCUUGGCUUAUAGAGCACUUUAGGAGGAACGAUUUGACGUAUACAAACAUCGGGCUGGGCUCGACAAUAUUUGUUGCGCCUAUGGAGUCUAUGUAUCCUGAUGGGCCUCCUAGCAAGGAGGAAUUACAGGCGAUGGAUGAUAUGGCUAUUGUCAGCCGUAUCAGCUCGCCUCCUAAACGCUGGGAAUCUUGA